GGCCGUGCUCCUCUCUCGUUCUCGGACGCGGCUCCGGCUGCCAGCAGCCACCCAUCCGCGCUCCGGACCCAGUACCUCGGCUCUCGGAGGCCGGACCGAGGCCGCAAGCAGCGCCGCGGGGUGUGAGGCGGACCCGGGAGAUGAAAUGACAACGUCAACCCUCCAGAAAGCCAUUGAUCUGGUGACAAAAGCCACAGAAGAGGAUAAAGCCAAGAAUUACGAGGAGGCGCUCCGGCUCUACCAGCAUGCUGUGGAGUAUUUCCUACAUGCUAUCAAAUAUGAGGCACACAAUGACAAGGCCAAGGAGAGCAUUCGAGCCAAGUGCAUGCAGUACCUAGACCGGGCAGAGAAGCUAAAGGAUUAUUUGCGGAACAAGGAGAAGCACGGCAAGAAGCCAGUCAAGGAGAACCAGAGUGAGAGCAAGGGCAGUGAUAGUGACAGUGAAGGGGAUAAUCCAGAGAAAAAGAAACUGCAAGAACAACUGAUGGGUGUCGUCGUGAUGGAGAAGCCCAACAUUCGGUGGAAUGAUGUGGCUGGGCUGGAGGGUGCCAAGGAGACCCUCAAAGAAGCUGUCAUAUUGCCAAUUAAAUUCCCACACUUGUUCACAGGCAAGCGUACCCCCUGGCGAGGGAUAUUGCUCUUUGGACCCCCUGGCACAGGGAAAUCCUACCUGGCCAAAGCAGUGGCAACAGAGGCCAACAACUCCACCUUCUUCUCUGUGUCCUCCUCAGAUUUGAUGUCUAAGUGGCUGGGAGAGAGUGAGAAGCUAGUCAAGAACCUGUUUGAGCUGGCCAGGCAGCACAAGCCUUCCAUAAUCUUCAUCGAUGAGGUGGAUUCCCUCUGCGGAUCCCGCAAUGAAAACGAGAGCGAGGCUGCCCGAAGGAUCAAAACCGAGUUCUUGGUCCAGAUGCAGGGGGUCGGGAAUAACAACGAUGGGACUCUGGUUCUUGGUGCCACAAACAUCCCAUGGGUGUUGGAUUCGGCCAUUAGGAGGAGGUUUGAAAAGCGGAUUUACAUCCCGUUGCCGGAGGAGGCUGCCCGUGCCCAGAUGUUCCGCCUGCAUCUGGGUAGCACUCCCCAUAACCUAACGGAUGCCAAUAUCCACGAGCUGGCUCGGAAGACAGAAGGCUACUCAGGUGCAGACAUCAGCAUCAUCGUGCGGGACUCCCUCAUGCAGCCCGUUAGGAAAGUGCAGUCAGCAACACACUUCAAAAAGGUCUGUGGCCCUUCCCGCACCAACCCUAGCAUUAUGAUUGAUGACCUCCUGACCCCAUGCUCACCAGGGGACCCAGGAGCCAUUGAGAUGACUUGGAUGGAUGUCCCUGGUGACAAACUCUUAGAGCCUGUGGUUUGCAUGUCGGACAUGCUCCGGUCUUUGGCCACCACUCGGCCCACCGUGAAUGCAGAAGACCUCCUGAAAGUGAAAAAAUUCUCAGAGGACUUUGGACAGGAGGGUUAAAGGCUUCUUCACUCUGAUGACGGUGAAGGUGGGAAGUUGAUUGGGGUAAAUUCAUGCACUCCCCAUGUCGGUGGCCAGACAGGGCUCCAGGGCUUGUCCUAAAGUCCCUACAGCGUCCCCUCCGCUGUCUGGCCGCCAGCCAAGGAGCAGGAAGGAAGGGGCUCCCAGCCACAGAGACGCAGAAGUACAUUCGGCUGCCAGUGAGAUACUGGCUCUUCCUACUUCCUCCUCUUCGUCUUGGAUGCUCACCAACUCCUUGUCCUGCCCCCGUUUUUUUUUUUAACUUUUUGUUCCCCUAAAUUAAUGCUGCUUGGAUUUUCAUCUUGUUUAUAAAUAAAGUUAAAAUCACCUGGAAGCAUCAAGGAGUGGGAGCAGCCCAUGCUGUGGGGUUGGUGCAGCGACCUGCAGAGCCCCCAUGGCCUGUUUUAGACCCAGUUUGCUCCUUGUGAAGAAUGGCUGAUGCCCUGGAUCCCCAGCCCAAGCUCCGCCUGUAAAGGCCAAGAGUAAAGCCGAGCCAUUCACACCCUCCUAGGUUGGCAUCCCACGCCCUGUGUCCUCCCUGCAGGAGGAGAGGAUGGGCUGUGAGCACAGAGCUGUGUGAAUCAGAAUGAGUGGAGGCAGUCAUGCGGGUUUCACUGCUGCCUUUUCUUCCCUCUGAAUGUGAGAACACUGAACCCAGCCACUGGCCCCGGGUCCCUGUCCUGGAAAUGGGCUAAUAAAUCCUUUUCCCUUCUUGAGC